UGUGUGUGUGUGUGUCCUAACGAACAAGCACCCUUCACCCACUCUCCUGCCUUCCUAAUAAUAUCACUGUGUAUAUCGCCUGCUAUUUUAGGCCAGGCAGUUUGGGAAAGGCUUCUCUCUCUUUCAAAUAAGUGUCGAGCUCUCUCGGUCUCUGUCACCAGGCAGCUGGCCAGGAAGAAACUUUGCUUGGAUAUGAAGCAGCCGUCACUCUGUUUCUUCAGGUCUCAGAUCGGACGGGGUUUUCUGGGAUGAAAUGGACCAGGCCAUGAGGUCAUCCAAAAAUUUGUCCUCCGCUGCGCAUGCUACCCAGUGACCCGCCAGGACGAGACGUGCAUAUUCAAGAUUGGACCGCAAGGAAUUUGUACAUGCUGGAGAAAGAAAAGUUAGGUGAAAUGUUAAAGACUCCUUCACAAAUAACUCUGCAGACCUACAGGAUCAACGACAAAGACCUCACAGAGAUCGAACUCCAUUCUGUGGACUCCAUCAAUGAUCUUCACCGGACAUAUCCUGAACACAACCACAAAGGACCGAGGCCCCCCCGCCCGGCUUUCCCUCCUUCUGUGAAUGGAACGCUGCACACACACCACAUGAGAUAUGUUAGCGGAGCAAGCAAAUGGCAGAGUCGUGUACGGGACACAUUGAUUCCAAACACGUCGCAAGCAUACGCUAUGGCCUGCGCUCUCAUCACGCUGCUCCUGCUCACACUUGUCCUCAUUUUCUACUUCCUGGUACAACAAGGCGGCGCACUGAAGAGGCUGACCGAGGCCUUGAGGGAAAAAGAAGCGGCAGUCACCCAACUGUCGGCGCUGAUCCAACAACUACAAGCGCUCACACUCAACAUGACGGCCACAAGGGGGCGGACAUGAGCAAGGAUGUGCAGAUGUUGCGUCCCAAAAAUUUUGGCUGAGAGAAUGACACUUUCUGAAUGUUUGCCAUCAAAACAAAUUCAAAUGUUUUAUUGAAGAUUUGUUUAAUCAAGAGACUCUUUUGCAAUAAAAAUAAACACAAAAUAUAUAUUUUUAAAAAUCAGUCAGGUCCACUUUGCUCCCUUUAACAGGUAUAAUAUUUUGUUAACAGUACAUACAAUAAUAGCAUCAAGUUAUGGUAAAAUAUAUAUAUAUAUAUUGAAAAUCAUACAGGGGGCCAAUACACUGAUAUAUAUUUUCAUUUGUCAUGAUAUUCAUCCGAAAAA